UCAACUUCAACUUCGUCUUCAACUUCAACUUCGUCUUCGACUUCAACUUCAACUUCAACUUCGUCUUCAACUUCAACUUCAACUUCAACUUCAACUUCGUCUUCAACUUCGACUUCAACUUCAACUUCAACUUCGACUUCAACUUCGACUUCAACUUCGACUUCAACUUCGACUUCAACUUCGUCGACGACGACUCCGACGACUUCGACGACUUCGACGACUUCGACGACGACGUCGACGACUUCGACGACUUCGACGACGACGUCGACGACUUCGACGACUUCGACGACGACGUCGACGACUUCGACGACUUCGACGACGACGUCGACGACUUCGACGACUUCGACGACGACGUCGACGACUUCGACGACUUCGACGACGACGUCGACGACUUCGACGACUUCGACGACGACGUCGACGACUUCGACGACUUCGACGACGACGUCGACGACUUCGACGACUUCGACGACGACGUCGACGACUUCGACGACUUCGACGACGACGUCGACGACUUCGACGACUUCGACGACGACGUCGACGACUUCGACGACUUCGACGACGACGUCGACGACUUCGACGACUUCGACGACGACGUCGACGACUUCGACGACUUCGACGACGACGUCGACGACUUCGACGACUUCGACGACGACGUCGACGACUUCGACGACUUCGACGACGACGUCGACGACUUCGACGACUUCGACGACGACGUCGACGACUUCGACGACUUCGACGACGACGUCGACGACUUCGACGACUUCGACGACGACGUCGACGACUUCGACGACUUCGACGACGACGUCGACGACUUCGACGACUUCGACGACUUCGACGACUUCGACGACUUCGUCGACUUCGACGACAUCGACGACUUCGACUACGACUUCGACGGCUUCGACGAACUUCGACGACUUCGACGACGACUUCGACGACGACUUC